CCCUGGGACUAGCGGGUAACUGGCUGGUGGUCAUGAGGCCUACUUUGCGUAGCGGGGAGUCACUGACAGGCACACGUUGGCAUCUGGCUUGAAGUUCUGGGUGUUCAUCAGGCCUCUUUGUAGAGACUCCAAGUCCGCCUUUGCGGGGUGCCAGGGUCUAGGACAAAAUGUUAGUUUUCCAGAGCUGUUUAAGUGGAGGGACCUCAGGACCUCUUUUAAGUAUGACUUGUGCGAAGAUCGCGUGGCUUGGAGAGGUGGGAAGGCUGCAGAGGGGCUGAAACUUUGACCAUGUGUCUGAGGGCACCCAUAGUGUGAAGUUGAGGAGAGCUGGGAGGGGCAGGGGACUUUCAAAAUUUGUAGGAACUGUGGAAGGGCAUUCUGUUCAGUCCUGUUCACUCCACUCCCCCGUAAGUCAUUCCAGGAAUCAGUGGUCUGAAACUUAAGCUGCUGCUUUUCUGUCCGUGUGCAGAGUUCUACAUCAGCUGAAAGCAUUUAAAAACAUUUUUCUCUCCUAAAUUUGGAGUUGCUAUGCUUGUAAAAAAAAAACACAAAAAACAAAAACCAAAACAAAACAAAAAAACAAAUGAGAGGCCAGACCAAAGGGUGUGGCAGAAUCUGCAUUUCAGGGACACUCAGGCAGACUGCACUUGAUUAUUAUUGGAAGGAGAAAUGGUUUACUGGGUUGGGACCUGGAUAUACUCUUACCACUGCUUUUUUCCAUCUCUUAGGGUCUAAGGAUAACUCUGGGACCAUGACAGCCAUGAUUUUCACAGAUGACCCCAGAUUUCUGCCUUCUGGGCAAUGUCAGGUGCCACUGAACUUGAUCUAACGCCCUUUCCCUAGAGGAUGGCCAAGGGGCUCUUGGUGACCUAUGCCCUCUGGGCUGUGGGGGGCCCUGCUGGGCUCCACCACCUGUACCUGGGGCGGGACAGUCAUGCACUGCUCUGGAUGCUUACCCUGGGGGGUGGUGGGCUGGGCUGGCUCUGGGAAUUCUGGAAGCUCCCAAGCUUUGUAGCUCAGGCCAACAGAACUCAGGGGCAGAGGCAGAUCUCGGGAGGGAGGACACCCCCUCUGAGUCUUAUUCGCUUUGUCGCCCAGAUGACAGUGGGCAUCUAUUUUGGCCUGGUGGCUCUCAUUAGCCUUUCUUUCAUGGCCAACUUCUAUAUCGUGGGCCUCCCACUGGCAGUUGGCUUAGGGGUCUUGCUGGUGGCUGCUGUUGGCAACCAGACCUCAGACUUUAAGAAUACUCUAGGGGCAGCAUUUCUUACUUCCCCUCUCUUCUAUGGCCGCCCCAUAGCCAUCCUGCCCAUUAGCUUGGCUGCCAGCAUUACAGCCCAGAAGCACCGCCGCUAUAAAGCUUCAGUUGGGUCCAAGACGCUCAGCGUUCGGCUCUAUCGUCUGGGCUUGGCUUACCUGGCUUUCACAGGCCCACUAGCCUACAGCGCCGUUUGCAACACAGCUGCCACCCUGAGCUAUGUGGCAGAAACCCUUGGCUCCUUCUUGAGUUGGUUCAGCUUCUUCCCUCUCCUUGCCCCCCUCAUGGAGUCUGUCCUCCUUCUGCCUUACCGCGUCUGGAGGCUGCUGGUGGGGGAUCCUGGCUUCAGCAGUGGCUACUUGCAGCAGUGGGAGAAGCUCUAUGAGUUUGUUAGCAGUUUUCAGGAUGAGAAGCGUCAGCUGGCUUACCAGGUUUUGAGUCUCUCAGAGGGGGCAACGAAUGAAGAAAUACAUCAAAGAUACUGGGAGCUGGUGAAGAUCUGGCACCCUGACCACAACCUGCACUGGACCGAGGAGGCUCAGAGGCAUUUCCUGGAGAUUCAGGCUGCAUAUGAAGUCCUGAGCCAGCCCAGAAAACCCAGGGGAUCCUGGAGGGACUUUGGGGAAUCCCUAGGGAACCAGCAGCUUGAGCAUCUCAACAGGGUCUUAUUUCAUUCCUAUGUAACCAGCCAAGCGUGGAAGAAACAGUUUAGGAUCCACAGGGACACCGGAGAACCGGAUUAUGAUGUUAAAAUUAUAUACCUUUACUCCAGCUUUCUCACUCUUCUUUUGUGUUUGUGUACCUCCCUCAGGCUUUUUUUCCUUUUUUUCCCCCUGGAAGUUAACUCUGAGCGGUGUAUGUAUUUUUUUAAAAAGUAGAAUUCUUUUGACUAGUAUUCCUUGCAGAUUAAAACAAAAUAUGGUCUGAUCAAUGGAGAAGAAUGAAAUUUGUAGAUUUUUUCCUUUGUAUUCAUAUAUUUAAAAAAAUUAAAAACCUUUUGCCAAUGAAUUUAUAUGCCAUGGUUGUAAGACUGAGUUAACUUUUAUACCUUCUUAAAGUUGCCAAAAAUUGAUAUACACUUCUUCUGAAAAACACUUAUAAUUUGUCAGAUUAUCACAUGGAAUUUUAAUGAGGCGUUGUUGUGGGCUAUUGAUUACUAACUUAUUAACAUGAUACGUAGUACUAUUUUUGCAAAAUGUAAAUAUAUUAAAAAUAGUCUAUAAGGAAAAAGACAAAAGAAUGAUUAAGGGCUUUACUUGAUUUGGAAAAUUAUUUUACUGUUCUCAAAUUUUGUUAUGAGCUUUUGUUACAAAAAUAUGGCUAUAUUUUAACUUAUUCAACUAGGAACUAUCGAUGAGCAGUUUUGUUGUUUCAACAUGAGCAAUGCUACA